UCUCUCUCUCUCUCUCUCUCUCUCUCUCUCUCUCUCUGCAUUGCAGCCCCCUUUUGCAAGUGCUGGCUGCUGGAGAAAUUCAACAACACAAAUGGCGACUCCCAACUCAACCACAACAACAUCAACAUCUUCCCCUUCUUCAUUUUAUUCUUCUUCUUCUUCUUCCAGCCACAACAGCAGCAGUAACUCGGGAUCUACAGCACAUCACCAUCAGUCCCAGUCUCAGCAUAUAACCACCAUGAGCAGCAUGCAAGAGACCAACACAUGCUGGAGGUGUCAGAGUGAUACAGGAUUUCAGAUUAACCUGUCUGGAGCUCCCCAAAGUAAACGUAAAGCACUGAAGUUAAAUUUUGCCAAUCCGCCAAUCAAACCGGCCACAAGGUUCACCCUCAACACAGCAGGACCGCCCUUUCAAAACCCGCACAUAGAGCGGCUGCGUACACACAGUAUCGAGUCGUCGGGGAAGUUGAAGAUUUCUCCAGAGCAGCACUGUGACUUCACAGCGGAGGAUCUAAAGGACUUGGGGGAGAUUGGGCGGGGGGCCUAUGGCUCUGUUAACAAAAUGGCCCACAAACCCAGCGGACAGAUCAUGGCUGUAAAGAGGAUCAGAUCCACAGUAGAUGAGAAGGAGCAGAAGCAGUUGCUGAUGGACCUGGAUGUGGUCAUGAGGAGCAGUGACUGUCCCUACAUCGUCCAGUUCUAUGGAGCACUCUUCAGAGAGGGAGACUGUUGGAUAUGUAUGGAACUCAUGUCUACCUCGUUAGACAAAUUCUACAAAUACGUGUAUUCCACGUUGGAGGAUGUGAUCCCAGAGGAGAUUUUAGGCAAAAUUACGUUAGCUACUGUGAAAGCACUUAACCACUUAAAAGAAAACUUGAAAAUAAUUCACAGAGACAUUAAGCCCUCUAACAUCCUCUUGGACAGGAAUGGUAACAUUAAGUUGUGUGAUUUCGGUAUCAGUGGGCAACUUGUUGACUCCAUCGCGAAGACCAGAGACGCGGGCUGCAGACCAUACAUGGCACCAGAGAGAAUAGACCCCAGUGCCUCCAGGCAGGGUUAUGACGUACGUUCAGAUGUCUGGAGUUUGGGAAUCACACUGUAUGAAUUGGCCACUGGACGGUUUCCCUACCCCAAAUGGAACAGUGUGUUUGACCAGCUCACACAGGUGGUGAAAGGAGACCCUCCCCAACUCAGCAACUCAGAGGAGAGACAGUUUUCCCCCAAAUUCAUCAACUUCGUCAACCUGUGCCUUACAAAGGAUGAGUCUAAAAGGCCAAAGUACCGAGAACUUCUGAAACAUCCCUUCAUCUUGAUGUAUGAGGAGCGCUCUGUAGAUGUUGCCAGCUAUGUGUGCAGGAUCCUUGAUCAAAUGCCUGCUUCGCCCAGUUCCCCCAUGUACGUGGACUGAAGGAACGAAAACACACAAACACACACUCUCCAACAUCCGUCUGGGGAAAACAAGAAAUGCAAGCUAUUGUAUAAAGAUUCGCUUCGUCAGAAAAGAAAAAAAAAUUGCAGUGUUA